AUGGCACCACUGAAAGUAAUUAUAGUUGGAGGCGGCCUAGCCGGUGCAUGUCUUGCAAAUGGUUUGAUCAACAAAGCAACCGAUCCAAUCGAAGUAUUGCUAUUCGAACGCGAUCAUGAAGCAUCAGACAGAGACGGAUAUCAAAUUCGUCUUGGGGCGCACGCGCUGACUGGUUUCCGGGCUUGCUUGACCGAAAGACAAUACAGUGACCUCUUGUUGUGUUUUGGCAGAUCAGGCGGCGUUGUAUCUUCGGCACCGGCCAUAUACAGCCCUGAGAUGGACCUAUUAUUGGAUCUUGGCAAGUUCCCAGCUUACACCAAAAGCGCGCCGAUUGGACGUGCUCGAUUACGAAAUUUUCUUCAGAGUCCUCUGCGCGAAAAGAGCAAAAUACGCUACGGCAAGAAGUUUGUCAGGUUCGAAGUGCUCGGAAGUGGUGAUGAUAGCAAGGAAAGCAGAAUCAGGGUGCACUUUGAGGAUGGGUCCGGUGAGGACUGCGACAUUCUGGUAUCUGCUGAGGGCAGCGGCAGCCGCGCCAACAAGCAGCUGGGUUGUAAUAACAUCAGUGCCACAUCUUCUUUAGGUGCCGGUUCAAUGCUAGGCAAAUGCCAUCUUCCCUGGACCGUCCUCCGAGCCCUUCCGCGUCCGCUGCUGGACAAGGGCACCAUGUUUGCCGCCACGGCCAAAGCGACAUUAUUUGCAGCAGCAUAUCUCCCAGACAGCCUUUCUCCAUCUGCCCAGAAUGCUUCCGCCGCGACAGAUCUGAAGGGUAUCAAGAAACCCAGCAACUACGAUGAAGAGCAGGCGUCGUUGAUGGUCGGGGUGGCAUGGACUGAAGGCCUGUCGUCAAUGGAAGCCGCCCAAUUGCCGGAUGCAAAAGCCUUUCUAAGAGACAAGCUGAUGGAAGCUGGUUUCCAUGCGGAAUACUUGAAGCUGAUUGACGCGCUCGACCCCGAUGCGAUUCAGGGAGUUCCCUUCCGAACGUCAAGCGACACCGCCGUUGAUUGGAGACGCCGACUACUCGAGGGUGAAAAAGCCUCCCACCGCCCGGAAAUAGGCAAUCCCCGAGUCUGGCUGAUUGGCGAUGCCAUACACCCAAUGCUUCCGUCCAGGGGGAUGGGUGCCAAUCAAGCACUCCACGACACUGCCGACGCACUUGGGCCUCUCUUGGCACUGGCAAAGAGGAAGAGUUUGACGGGAACCGUCUCGGAUGAGGAGGUUCGAUUGCAAUUGGAGACAUACGAGAACGCAAUGAUUCCUAGAGCGUUUACCUGGGUGAAAAGAAGCGCUGCUCAAAAUUUGCCUGGUCUAGAUACUUUCAAAGGUCGAGCUAUAAUCUUUGUUCUCCGAGUCGGUCUGGUCGUCGUGGGUGCUUUCAUGGAAGUCAGAAAAUUGUUUGGUUGGAAGCCAACGGAUGAUGCGCCCGAACUUCGUUAA